AUUACCAUUAGUCAAUUACCAACCAGCAGCAAUGGAAAGGAGACUGCGAGAGGAUCACGAGCGGGAAAUUCGUCCUGUCGGCGCGGAAGCCGAAGGUGGUGGCGGCGGUGGUAGCCCCAUUGACUCCAAAGUUGUGAUGGAGGACGCUUUCAAGGACAAGCCGGUGCCGUCAUGGCGGAGGCAGAUAACGCUGCGGGCUGUAGUGACGAGCUUCAUCUUAAGUCUCGUUUUCAACUUCAUCGUCUGCAAACUCAACCUCACCACCGGUGUUAUCCCAUCUCUCAACGUCGCCGCUGGUUUGUUAGGGUUCGCCGUCCUUAAGUCGUGGACCGCGCUACUUAACAAGUUUGGACCAUUGAAGCAGCCUUUUACGCGGCAGGAAAACACCAUCAUCCAGACUUGCGUCGUCGCUUCCUCCGGAAUUGCCUUCAGCAGUAGUAUGAUAAUUGUGAGGAGUACAUAGUCACUGUUUAUAUUUUCGUUUUAGGGUUUUCUAUGCUUUUUCUUAUUAACUGCUAUAAAAAAAAAUUAAUCUG